AUGGGUGAAACGAUUAGUCGACCGUUGAUGGGGGAAACCCCGAGGGAUUUCAUGAAUCGCAAUAAUAAAGCGUUUUUUACUGAACCCUAUCUCUCUAAUCUCGCGGGAUGGUCAGAAGGGAAAAUACAAUUAGAUCCGUUUCCCCGCGAUGGUUCUUUUAAAGAUGAAGAUAUGCGUGCUGCAAAAGAUAUGAUCUUUGGUUCUUGGGGUGACCCAGGAUGGCCAAUUGAUUAUAUGAAAGAUGCGUAUAAAGUUUGGAUGAAGAUGAAAACUUAUUGGGAUAAGGGUCCAGAGUUGAAAAAACAAGACAGCUCUCUCUCUCAGUCUCAGUUGAAACCUGAUACGUCCCUUCCCCCAUAUGAAUGUGUUGUUUCUGCUGAAAUUCCAAAGCCCUUGACCAAUCGAUUGUAUCCGCAGUUGCCGUCCACAACUGAAGUUUUUCCGUUUGUACAGCUUCCAGAUGGUUACAAAAUUACUCCUCUGAGUGUUACGGAGGCAGUGGCUAUUUGCAAAGAUCUGCCUGAUCCGGCUAAGUCACCACAUCAAUUUGUGGCAGUACUGCAACGGUUAACUGCCUACAGUCAAUUGACGGGACGAGAUUAUCGUUUUAUUUUGACUAAAACACUGCCUGCGGAAAUCACAGAGGAGGAAAUGAUUGAAGAAGUUUAUUACUUAAACCCCAUCUACGAUACACCGCCUGUUCGUCGUGUUGUAUCUCAGAAAGCUGGAGAUUCAAAGCCCCUUGAUUUGUCUAAACCUUCACGAGUGCUUCUAAUUACUGAUUCAGAGGAUGAAGAAGAGGAAUAUGAUUGGAUUUGGGCCAGCUCAGGUAAACUUAAAGAUUUUUUCAAGCAAUUGACUGCUUUUUUGUUAAAAGUGUCUUCUGCUAAACAAGACAUCUCGCAUGCAGCCAAUACCAAACAGAGAACUGGUGAAAGCCCUGUUGCAUUCUUUAACAGAUUUAAACAUGCAUGGGUUGAGGAAUCUGCGAUUCCUAUUGAACAAAAUUGUCCAUUGUUCUUAAAUACGUUCCUAAAUAAUAUGAACAAAGACACUGCGCAGUUAAUUCGUAUAACAACUCCGAAUAUUACUACCAUUUCUGUUGAUGAAUUGGGACGACGCUUGCGUGAGCUUUCCUCUGCUGGAGCUUUUGAUGUCUCCAGGGGCAAAACUCCUGCAAUGCUUCAAGUGAAUGCUGCUGUGAAUCCUCGUCCACAACAAUUUGGAAAUGUGAGACGCUGUUUUUAUUGUGGCAAGCCAGGACAUCUGGAACGUGACUGUAGGAAAAAGGCUUGGGAUUUGAGGCAGAGGUCAGAAAAGCAGAAGAAGAAGGGCUCUGGUGGUGGCUUGAAGCAAAAGCCCCCACUUGCGCUCCCUUCUGCAAAGACUGACAGACAAAAUCCAGUGUAUCCCAUUUCCUGGCAACAAUGACUGAGUUCGACUGAGCCCUCUUCUGAUAAUUUUUCAUUGAUUUCUUUGAGUUAUCCGAAUGUGUCAACUGUUUUGCCAUUCAUUGAAUUAAAUGUUGACCAUAAACCCUAUGUUUUUCUCAUAGAUACGGGGGCGUCGAUGUCAUCGUUAUCCUCUCUUGUCUAUGAGGGCUCGAUUACAGGAAAACAUGUAAACUCUGUGGGAAUCAAUGGUGUACCUGUGAGAUGUGAAAUGACACCAACAUUUCCAGUUACUUCUAAUGAUAUCCCAUCACUGUUUAAAAUGCAUGCUUUUGCGAUAAUACCGAGUUCACCAUUUUCUCUUCUGGGACGCGAUCUCUUACAUAAAUUAGGUAUUCAACUUAAUUUUAAUGCUGACUCUCUACAACUUAUUUUUCCUGCAGCCUUUUCUCUCACUGUUGAUACAGGAAAUGCUCUCCUUGAGGAUGAUUCUGCAACUGAGCUCAAACAGGAAAUUGAGGGCGUCAACCCCAAGUUGUGGGCAGCCCAUAAGGAUGACGCAGGAUUCAUUGAUGUCCAGCCCUAUGUUGCUAAGCUAAUCACAGACAAGCCUGUGUAUCAGAAACAGUACCCCCUCUCAAAAGAAAAGGUGGAGGGUAUUCUUCCUGUUAUUGAUAAAUUACUGGCUCAAGGCAUCCUGGUGCACACUCAUUCACCUUAUAAUACACCAAUUAAUCCAAUUAAGAAAGCAAAUGGUUCUUGGCGUUUAACUCAAGAUUUGAGAAAAAAGUUAAUGAGUUAGUAACACCAUUGUCUCCUAUUGUACCUGAUGUGCAAACUAUAAUUAAUUCUAUUCCUUCUGAACAUUCAUUUUUUACAGUUCUGGAUAUUUCCAGUGCCUUCUUCAGCAUUCCUGUUGAUCGCCAAACACAGCCAUAGUUUGCUUUUACCUUGGAAAAUUCACAAUUAACGUGGACAAGACUCCCACAAGGGUUCAGGGAUUCUCCGGCUGUUUUCUCUGCUGUAGUGCACGCAACGCUGAAAAAUGCCAAACUUCCUCCAAACACCUGUCUGCUUCAAUACGCAGAUGACAUCCUCAUCACUGGUGCAACUGAGGACAUGUGUGCUGCUGCCUCUAAAAUUGUCUGCAAUAUUUUGGCAGAGGCUGGUUUCAAGGCAUCAAGAGAGAAACUACAGUGGGUACAGAGGAGGGUCGAGUACCUUGGACAUAAACUGUCACAGGGCAAAGUGCAAUUGUCUGCUGACAGAGUGAAAGCUAUUGCUACUUUCAAGCACCCAUCGACACGGAAGCAGAUGCAAAGCUUCCUGGGACUGGUUAAUUAUUGCCGAAUAUGGGUGCCCAACUGUUCCAUGUAUGAUAAAAUCCUACGAACUGCUACUCUGGGGGACACAGAGGACAUUACAUGGACAGCUGAGAUGGAUCAAGCAUUCAGACAUUUGAAAUCCUCCCUCAUGAAACCUCCUGCACUCGGCCUCCCAAAUUACUCUCAAGACUUUCACUUAUACGUGCAUGAAAGUGGGGGUACAGCCGCCGCAAUCCUGGCCCAGGAACAUGGGGGUACUUUUCGUCCCAUAGCUUAUUUGUCUAAAACUCUUGAUUCAGUAGCCAGGGGACUUCCUGCUUGUUUGCGUGCAGUGGCUGCCACGGCGAUCAUGGUGCAAGAUGCUGAAAAAAUUGUGUUAUCACAUAAAUUGAUAGUGCAUACCUCUCAUCAGGUAGGAGUCAUUAUGAGUAAUAUUUCUACUCAACAUAUGACUGCUCAACGCCGCUCUGGCUAUGAGGCUAUAUUAUUAGCUACUGCUAAUUUGAUUUUGAAGCCAACUUCUGUUAUUCAUGGCCCUACUGUACAUUUGCACAGGUUGCUGACGCAAGGUGAAUUUGAGAGUGAUGACCACGAGUGCCUGGACAGAAUCCAGAUUUCGACUGCCUGCAGGCCAGAUGUUUCUACAUCUGUCCUGGAGGAGGGGAAGAAUUGAAAAACCCACUCAUCCUUUCGUUCCAGGACAACAGGUGCUGAUAAAGUGUCUGAAGCCCACAAAACUGGGUGAGCCGAAAUAUCUGGGGCCCGCCACGGUGAUUGCUGUGACGAGAACAGGAGUGCUGACUGACUUCCAGCCGCAGUGGAUCCAUGCCAGUCGACUGAAAGCAGCUCCAUCCCAGGGGAACGUUCUGGUCAAUGAGGAGAAGGAAGCCAGUGAGCCAAGGAAAGAUCCGAAGGAAGGUGAACCAAGACGUUCAACGAGGAGAAGAAGAAAGAGAUUGCUAGAGAUCUAAAACCAGCAAUAAUUAUCAUUGAAGCUCUCUAGCCAUGAUUGCUAAAUUGACAUUUUACCUGGUUGUGCUGACAAAUGUGUUUAUUCACAUACAAGCUGCUGUUAGCACUGGUAAUGAAACUUGGGUACAUUAUGAAGAAGAACCACAUGCCUUCGCAGCUAACAUGUGGUGGAGAUUAGCCAACUACACUGCCAAAUCUGAAGGAAAAACAGGUGACUGUUAUGUUUGCACCAAAAUGCCACAUAAUGCUUCUGGACCACAUGUAGAGGUUAAAUCACCAAGGACAGAAGAAGAAUUAGAAUGCCCUAUUUUUGUUAGCAUUACUGGAAUGAUGGCUCCAAAUAAAAGUGCAAUAUGGAGUUGUGGAAAAAGUAGAAUAAUGAUGCUUGCAACGCAAGUACAUGCUAAAGUGACAACCAUUGGCUCUAUUCCAGACUCACUGUUAUGUAUGGAAAGAGAAACUGGAACAGUGAGACUGGGGGUAAUUCCUAAAAGUAAAUGUAAUCGAACAUACCAUCAUUGUGAGAUAGAAAAUAUGUCUUGUUGUAUGAGUUGUAUUUUGCAUUAUCCAAAAACUAAUAUGACUGAGUGUUCUAAAAGAACACCACAUCCUAUAUCUACUAUGAUUGCUUAUGGAUGGGCUAAUCCUUUUAUUCAAGAUGUGUGUUCUAAAUAUUGUGCACUUGUGCCAGGUCAAAAUUGCUACAGAUAUGCUCCUGCUUCACGGGGAACUAGAGCUGUAAAAGAUUGGUUUUGGACAUAGAGUCUACACUACUCUUCCAGAAGAUUGGAGUGGAAGAUGUGCUCUAGUAACUUUGGAAGAAUAUUCCAUGGUUAUUAGACCACACAAACCUCACGUUAUGACAAAACAAAAACAGAAAAAGAAACGCUCCCUCUCUAGUCGCGGUUCAACUAGUAGUUUGAGUAGAGAUAAUCCAGUACCAAAGCAACAUCGACAAAACAGGCUAGUUUUAGAUCAAUUAACCGCGGCAGGAGGAGGAGUUUGUGUUAUUGUUGGUACCUCUUGUUGUACUUAUAUCCCUGAGAAUGAUGCAGAUGGUCAUUUAAUUUCAGAGGGUUUAAAAAAUAUGACUAGAAUUGCUCAAGAAUUACAAGAACGAGAAGUUACUGAUAAUCAAAGUGGGUUCUUAGCAUGGCUCACAGGAUGGCAACAAAUGCUUGUAUCUGCUUUGAUUCCUAUAGGUGUGAUCCUAUUAAUUAUGGCAUUUAUUAUCUGUUGUAUUAUUCCAUUUAUUAGAGCUUUGAUUAAUCGUGCCAUGAACAACUUUGUAUCCUCUCAAUAUGCUUUGAUGAAUAGACCUGUUAAAUGUUAGUAAUUUUGAAGGAAAAUGAAGGAAAUGUUUGCUGAAGAAUGUUAUGAUUUUGAAAGUAAAGAAAGUGAUUAUAUUUGGAUAUGAGAAAAGUAAUGCUGAGACUUGGGUGUGGCAAUUUUAUUGCCAAAAGGGGCAAUUGAUAGAUUUUAUGUUGGUCUCAGCAUUGAAAGUAUGUGGACUGAGGCUCCUUUUUUUUUCCUCUGUCAAAGUUGUAUACUAUGUUUUAAACAUAUGGUUUUCUAUGUACCAGAACCAUUUCCAUAUAAGGCUCUACUAGGAGUGAAUGUGAAACAGGGAAUGGUCCCUGCUUAGGAGAAGGUCCUUGGGAUGCUAAGGGACCUCAUGGGUACCUGACCAGUAGAUGACCAUAUUUAGACUUGUUUUUCCAUAUGUAUCACAUUCCUAUACCAUCAGCUAUAUGAUGUAUUCUCUUUCUCAUUGGCUGAAACUAUACUACACCCCUUGUACUCUUUCUAUAUAUUCUCUCUUUUCUUAUCAAUAAAAUGAGACUAUAUUCUCCCUCA